CAGGUUGCUUGGCAAGUAAAUCGGAAGAAAGACUUUUUCGCAAACUCUUCUCCCGUUACAACCAAUACAUCAGACCUGUAGAAAAUGUUUCCAAUCCCGUGAAGGUGCAUUUUGAAGUGGCAAUUACCCAGCUUGCAAAUGUGGAUGAAGUCAAUCAGAUCAUGGAGACAAACCUCUGGCUGCGACAUAUUUGGAAUGAUUAUAAAUUGAAAUGGAAUCCAGUGGAAUUUGGUGGAAUUGAAUUUAUCCAUGUGCCAUCAGACAGAAUUUGGAAACCUGAUAUUGUGCUAUACAAUAAUGCUGUUGGAGAUUUCCAGGUUGAAGGACGGACCAAGGCUCUUCUCAGAUACGAUGGCACCAUCACCUGGAUACCACCUGCCAUUUUUAAAAGCUCCUGCCCCAUGGAUAUUACCUUCUUCCCCUUUGAUCACCAGAACUGCUCCUUAAAAUUUGGAUCGUGGACAUAUGACAAAGCCAAGAUAGAUCUCUUGAUUAUUGGUUCCAAAGUAGACAUGAAAGACCUUUGGGAGAACAACGAAUGGGAAAUAGUUGAUGCUUCUGGCUAUAAACAUGACAUAAAGUACAACUGCUGUGAGGAAAUCUAUACAGAUAUAACCUACUCUUUUUAUAUCCGAAGGCUCCCCAUGUUUUACACCAUUAAUCUGAUUAUACCUUGCUUGUUCAUUUCAUUCCUGACCGUAUUAGUAUUUUACCUUCCAUCUGAUUGUGGAGAGAAAGUAACACUUUGCAUCUCUGUCCUCCUUUCGUUGACUGUUUUCCUCCUGGUGAUCACAGAGACAAUUCCCUCAACUUCUUUGGUCAUCCCACUUGUGGGAGAAUACUUGCUGUUCACCAUGAUAUUUGUGACGCUCUCUAUUGUGGUGACAGUGUUUGUACUGAAUAUCCACUACCGGACUCCAACUAUGCAUACAAUGCCCAACUGGGUCAAAACUGUCUUCCUGGGUCUUCUGCCCAAGUUUCUGAUGAUGAAGAGACCCAUACAGAAACAUGUUGACUCCCAACCCGCCAAACCCAUGAAAGAAAGUGCCGCUAAACCCAGCAAGCCCAAGGCUAAUGAGCUUGCAGAAGUGAAAGUCCUCAGUGAGAACCGCUGCUGCCACUGUGACAACUCCAAGGACACGGCGGUGAGGAAGCAAAGGAGACAGAGUUGCCAAUCUGCCAAAUGGGAGGCUGAAGCAGUCGAGUAUUCCCCAGAGGUUAAAGAAGUCAUUAACAGUGUUCAGUUCAUCGCAGAAAACAUGAGGAGUCAGAAUGAAACUAAAGAGGUAGAAGAUGACUGGAAAUAUGUCGCCAUGGUAAUCGAUAGAGUAUUUCUGUGGGUGUUCAUAAUUCUCUGUGUAUUUGGAACAGCGGGAUUAUUCCUACAACCAUUGAUAGCAGAUGUAUAAUAUAUGGUGGUGGUAAUUCACAUUUUGCAUGAUCCUUUUUAAUAGGAUAGUCAAACCACACAUUGGCAACUGUUUAUAGAAUAUCAAUUUUCAUCUCAAGCUAUAUGAAAAAUAUUCUCAUCACUUUACGAUGUAUUAAGCCAGCCUUUCAGAUGGGUUGACUAACUCCCAUUAUCCACAGCCAGCAAAACCUAUGGAGUUCCACCUCAACCUUUUUGGAGGAUAGUAGAUUGGAGAAAUCUAUGUUAAUAUAAUAGCUUUCAAAUGUUCCCCAGAUAAUCCUUUCCACACUGAUUUUUCUGCUAAGAAAUUCUUGGUCACAGUAUCUGCUAUUGCACAUAUCUCUAAAAUCAACAGCAGAUUAAUAUUCAUACUGGCUCAUAUUCCUGAUCCUUUGUAUAGAAUAGGUUUUUUGCUUCAUUUAUAGAAGGAAUAAAAUAGGUCAAGAUGAAUCAGAAGAGAAUUGUCAGCUCAAACUCUCACAACCUUGUCAACAUUCCUAAACUUUUUGUAAAGAAAAAUCCUUUAUACAUAAGCCAUUAAUUUGCAAGUAAUAAAUGAAUAGAUUGCUGAGUGGUGCAGUAUUGGAGAGGUGAGGAUGCUCGGCUCCCACUCAGAAGGUUGAGAGUUAAUCCGAGGCAAUGACAGUGAAUGUUUUUCUAUCAGGACGCAAAGAGAAAAUAGCUGCUGUUGUUGUGUCUCGCUCGCUUUCCCCGCAGCCGGGUCCCUCUUAUGUCCUGCCAAAUGCUGAGGAAUGUCCUGGCAUGCCUCCAGGCCCCAGCCCUGGCUCCAUGCCCAGGCAAACGGAGCAACUAGACCGCGACCCCUGCCCCACAGCAUAUGAGCCUGAGGAA